AUGGCAAUUAUUCAGAAGCCUUGUGAUCAGUGGUUUUGGCAAUGGGAGCAGAAGGGUGUGUAUUCGGUUAAGUCAUGCUAUAAGCAGCUUACUAAGGUGGCCGCGAGUGACCGUCCAUGGGCAAGUAUUUGGAGCCUGCAUGUCCCUCCUAAGGUAGGUGCAGGAGUCGGCCAUGCAUCUUUUUGUCCAGUGUGGGGAGGCAGUUCGGCUUUGGAACAUGUUGGAGAUGCCGCAUAUUUAAUUGCAAAAUCUAAGUUUGUUAUGGCUUGUUGGAGUGUGUGGUGCAGUAGGAAUGAGAGUGUGUGGAAGCGCAUUGGUUAUGAUUUAUCUACCAUGUUGCAUAGGGCGUUGGCGUUUCUGGAGUGUUGGAGAGAUGCAAACGAAAAGCUGCUAGUUGGUACUGGCCACAUAGACACACAUGCCGUGGCUACUUGGACAAGACCAGUGCAUGGGAGGCUUAAGCUUAAUACUGAUGUUGCGUUAAGAGUGGAGGAUAAUGCUAUGGGAUUCGGCUGGGUCUUGCGUGAUGAUGGUGGUAAUUUCCUAGCUGCAAAGAACAUGAGAGUGCCCGGGUUGUGUACGGUUAGGGAAACGAAUGUGCUUUCUAUUCGGGAGGCGUUGAGUUGGCUAAAGGGCACUGAUUUGGGUGCUGUGGACGUGGAAACAGAUUGUCAUAUUGUUUUUAAUGCUAUUAUUUCGGUUUCUUUUAUUUCAGUUUUUGGAUACUUAGUGGAUGAUGUAAAGAACUUGGCAUCUGAGAUUGAAGAUGUGGAGUUCUGUCAUGUUAAACGAUGCGAAUUGUGCUGCCCACACUGUUGCUAG